AUGUGGCGCUUAUCGAAUAAUACCAAUUUCUCGGAAGCAGCCCGCCUUGACAUUGCUUACAAUCAUUUGCAUCCGGAGUAUCAUCUGAUGAUUCAUCGCAAUGAUUUCACUACAUUUGAUGAACUGGAAAAUCUCGUGUUAGAUUUCGACUGGAGGGACAGUCGAAAUCCACUGAAACGACCUCCAGACGCGCACGAGACAAUUCACCCGCAUCGCGCGUGUGUUCCAUCGCGCUACGCGAAGAAAGGCGGUAAAGUGGUUGUGGAACAAAUUAAUGAGGUCAGUGGGGCAACCGGCCCUCAAAAUCCCGCAAAAGUAAAUACAGAUGCGAAGAAAUCCGAGCAGAAAAGUCAGUCUCGGAGACCUUCCAGACACACAGCCCCUGCUGCUGCUCAAGCUCCUGCGAUUCAGCCUCCUGCUUCGCCAGCACGAUCCUACUCAGUGGCGACUAAAGCUGCAAAGCCUAAAACAAAUUUUUUAGCUGCCGGACGGAGGUCCCCAGCUAAAACCCCUCAGUCUGGCACACCACCAGCAACAGCGACAUCUUCUAAGUCGGCGGAAUUUUGCAUCAACUGUCAGAAGAACAGUCAUAAGCGGAGGAAUUAUUUCGACUGGAGGGACAGUCGAAAUCCACUGAAACGACCUCCAGACGCGCACGAGACAAUUCACCCGCAUCGCGCGUGUGUUCCAUCGCGCUACGCGAAGAAAGGCGGUAAAGUGGUUGUGGAACAAAUUAAUGAGGUCAGUGGGGCAACCGGCCCUCAAAAUCCCGCAAAAGUAAAUACAGAUGCGAAGAAAUCCGAGCAGAAAAGUCAGUCUCGGAGACCUUCCAGACACACAGCCCCUGCUGCUGCUCAAGCUCCUGCGAUUCAGCCUCCUGCUUCGCCAGCACGAUCCUACUCAGUGGCGACUAAAGCUGCAAAGCCUAAAACAAAUUUUUCAGCUGCCGGACGGAGGUCCCCAGCUAAAACCCCUCAGUCUGGCACACCACCAGCAACAGCGACAUCUUCUAAGUCGGCGGAAUUUUGCAUCAACUGUCAGAAGAACAGUCAUAAGCGGAGGAAUUCUAUCGACCACUCAGCAGUUCUGCGGGCACUCGACGCCCUAAACGCAGCCCUGGAGAGGCUGAACACCUUGGAGGAGGCGGUAGAGAUACAGAUCCUCAAGGGGACCCAUCCAGUAUUCGAUAAGAUGGUACCCAUCGUGGCCCAUACUCAGACCCGUGUGGAGCAGGCCAUCACUGAAUUGACUGCCCACAUGAAGGAGGAGAAGGCCCAGAAGGCAGCCCAUGCCCCCAGACUCAGGUCGUGCCCAGCUGCAGCUCGGUAUCAGCCCCUUCCCAAGCUCACGGCAGAGAAGAGUAGCUCCAAGGCCAAGGAACUGGCCGUUCGCCGGAAAAAGAGCCCUCAUAUGUGGAUGGAGUGGGGUGCUCGCUCAGGCUGUGGGAACUGCAGUGACCCAGGCCACUAUGCAUCCAGGUGCCCAUAUUUCAGGGGAUCAUUCUGUGGAAAAUGUGGGGAGGAAGGGAUGAACAACACCAACUGCCCCUCCUGCCGCCCACAACUCUCCAACAUCGUCAGGCCACAAGGAACGAGGCUGGCUCGUGCCAAAAUUCGUGAGUAA